GUCAGUGAGGCCGGAGACCUGAGAGGGGACGUACGCACAUAUUCCGCUCCGGCCUUCGCGACCUUGUUCUAUUUAAAUGCAAGUGCAGUGUGACAGCGCAAAUUAGGAGAACUUUAUUUAACAAAAAAAAAGGUCAAAAAUCGCCGUGAAAAUGGUCAGCUGUACGACUUGUGAGGACUGACUAGUAGUGUCCUCUAGUUACACUAACUACCAUACCUUUAGUGCGCUUAACGACCCAAUUGCAGCAUGGACAAGAUGGAUCUCCUGUGCUGCGAGAAUGCGUCUGUGGAACUGGACAUGAAGUGCAAAGCCUACCUAGAUCCCGUCCUUCUUAAAGACGACCGAGUUCUCUUGAACCUCUUGAACUUGGAGGAGAAAUACAUGCCCAAUUCGAGUUAUUUCUCGUGCGUACAGACCGACGUGGAGCCCCAUAUGAGGGAGAUCGUGGCCCACUGGAUGCUGCAGGUGUGUCAAGAGGAGCGGCAGGAGGAGGAGGUGUUCACACUCGCUAUGAACAUGAUGGACCGGUUCCUCUCCCUGGUGAAGGUGCGGCGGGAUCAGCUCCAGCUCCUGGGCACCGUCUGCCUCUUCCUCUCCUCUAAGAUCAAGGAGUCUCCGCCACUCGACCCCAGACUACUCGUCCAGUACACCGACAACUCCGUCACCCUCGAGGAGAUUAGG